AUGACACUUACCGAAGACAGAGACCAGUAUGUUCGAUCAAUCGAGCUAGCCCUAGAGAGCCUCAAUGCUACUGUGAGCCAAUGUCGGUCAACUCUUCUUGCUAGCAAUGAUGAUACCAUAGAAAGUCGUAGCACAGACAAAACUGCGCGUGACAAUCUCGUCCUAGAGGCUCUCAAGUUUCUCCAGAAGGCCCAGGGUCCCAUAGAGGUAGCAACCACUUGCUAUGAACGGACAGCCCAUGUAGCUAGUGUCCGCGCAUUGUUGGAGAUGGGGGUAUUCGAGAGGAUCCCGGCUGGGGGAGCGUCCCGGACUACGAAUCAACUCGCGGAAGAAUUAAAUGUCGACAAGACUCUACUUGCACGGCUGCUGAGGAACUCUUCUCUUUAUGGACCCUUUGAAGAGACUGGACCGGGCCAAUACAGACAUACUCCAUUCUCCGAGGUGUACCUGAGACCGGAGGUGCGAGGAAUGUUUCGAUUUGCAAUGGACGAUCAUAUGCCGGCCCAUCUCAAGAUGCACGAAUAUCUCAAGCGCAAUUCAUGGAGAGAGCCAUCAUCCUCUACCGAUAAUCCGUACGCGUAUGCACAUGACACAAAUGGAAAGAGUAUGUUUGCACACCUCUCUGAACGACCGUGGAGAAUGGCUUCUUUUAAUGACGCCAUGAGAGUGCAGGCCGUAACCGAGUUGUGGAUGAUUGAUCUCUUUCCUUGGAUGAUUCUGUCCGAGCUACAUCCUACUCUUGCCACUGUGCUUGCGGUCGAUAUCGGUGGAGGUAAAGGGACAGCAAUUUGUCGCAUUCGAUCCCACUGUGGUAGCCUUCCUGGCAGAUGUGUCCUUCAAGAUCAGGCUCAUGUGGUCCAGAGCGCGGGUACAUUAGAUGAAGGAGUGGAGAAGAUGGCAUACGAUUUCUUCACAGAGCAACCUCUCCGAGGAGCUCUUACCUAUCUGGUGCGUCGCUGCCUUCACAACUGGCCCCAAGGUAGUGUGAUUCAAAUUCUUAGCAACGUCGCCGCGGCGAUGGAGCCAAAGAAGUCCCGUCUUCUUAUUGAGGAAAUUAUCGUUCCUGAGGAGAAACCAGGUAUUGAAGAAGGGUGGAUGGACUUGAUCAUGAUGAACCUUGGUGCCAAGCAAAGAACGUUGAAAGAAUGGGAAACAGUUGUGGAUAUGGCCGGACUUAAGCUUCAGAAGGUGUACCAAAUCCCAGGAAACUGCCACGGCCUUCUUGAGGCGGUACUGAAGUGA